AAUUCAUGUUUUGAUGUUGUUUUAGUAAGUAAUGGCAUUACUAGUACUUAAAUGCCUUUCGGUUUCGAGAGAGGCAGAAAUAAAUAAGCAAUGCUUUUGUUUGAGGCUUUUAAUUUUUGGUUUUUAAGUAAAGUAGCACGACAGCUAUCUUAUUUUUACCGUAAAAAACCUGCCUAAGCCAUUGUGGAAUCUCUGAACUAGCCAACAGAAGACCGACCGUUUAUGAUCUUAUCAUUCUUAUGAAUCUGAGUCAUUUGACUUAUGCCUUCCUUCGACCGAAAUUCGAUGUGUUUUUAUUUUGAUAGCCGUCAGGGUGGAGAGUUUUGGCCUUGAUCCCCUUCUCUUCGUGUAUGAUUCCAUUGCGGAAGUGUAAAAGUCGCUGCGACUAUUCGGGACUUGUGGAAUGGCUUGGAUUUGCUGAUUUUGGUUUAUGAUUACCGUUUUCAAAGAUGGUUUCGGAAUAGGAAUUCCGGGAUUUGGAACAUAUUAGACAGUUGAUAAUUCAUCUCCGAAGGCGUGAGGGACCAAAGAGCCUGAUUUCUGUGCGCCAUGCAGCAGUCAAACAAACGAUUGCGAUCCCCCUUUGAAAAGGGAAGUCCUGGCAGUCUGCAGGAAGAAACUCGAGAGCUAGAUUCCAUACCGCUAUCUGUGGAGUCGCAACCGGUUGCUAUAAAACGACUUUGUCAGAAACUGGGAAAUUUGAAAUCUCCUUCAAAAUUGUGUGGAUUGACGCUGUCGACUGAGAAUGUUGAUCGAAACGAGAAACUGCAGACCGACAAGACUGACGACGAUAAUACUGCGAAACAGGAUGCCACACCAGAAAAUCCAGCCGUUAGUGUGCCGGAACGCCGCUCUGCGCGACAACUUCCCGGACAUUUUCCUCUUUAUACAGUCGUAUCCGUCGAAAUACGAAUGGGAUACACGAGUGUAUCUGUUGUACCGUACAACAAGCCCUCCGAAACUUCCAAAACCUGUCAGUUAAAAGGAUUUUGGGUGCAGUCCGUCCUCGGUCCGGGUGAUGAAGUGAUGGUAAUCGGGCAGUUUGAUGAAAGUGGAAUGUGUGUGAUUGAUGAUGCUAAUAAUUAUCUCAUAUCCCACCCGGAUGUCCUGGUUUCGCCCACUUUAAUCGGGGGCGCGCAGUAUUGUAUGAGGAAAGCCUUGCUCCAGGAUAUGAUGCGUUCGGAUACGACUAAGGAGAUGUUUAUUGGAACUUUAGUACAUGACUUGAUGCAGCGGAUUGCCGUAGCUGUUGCCGAUUGUGUUAAAAAACGAGUUGCGCGGAAGGAAACAUCCAAAGAAAUUCUUCAAAAAUUGCUGAACGACCCGAGAUACCGACAAGACAUGUAUGCUCUGGAAAUGUCACAGGAAACAGUCGCAGAUAUUGCAGACGGUUUCGUUCCCAACAUCGAAAAGUGGGCUAUGGAACAGUUCUCCACGCCUGCAGUGGAGAUAGCCGAUAUUGAGGAAUGGAUUUGGUCUCCUCGUUAUGGUGUCAAAGGGCGUGUCGAUAUGACGCUUCGCACAGCCGAAGGUAUCCGACCUCUCGAAAUCAAGACUGGAAAACCAUCGUUUGCCAUAUCGCACACUGGCCAAGUUCUGCUUUAUACGUUACUGUUAUCGGAAAAAUAUCGAAGUGAUAUCACCGAGGUUCUGUUUUACGCCAAAAAUGGGGACAAAAAGACUGUUGCUGCCCGUCACUUGGAAUUGGGUGGGCUGAUUCAAACCCGGAAUGAGAUCGCGCGUUUUAUAAAAAAAUAUCACAAUCGGAAUAAGGAGAAAUUUCUGAAUUUGCCGGCCCCGAUUAACGACGAACGUGCCUGCUCGCAUUGUCCUUAUGCAGUAACUUGCUCCUUGUACUAUCAGAAUGUGGAAUUACUGAGAGAACUUCGGAAACCUUUACCGAUUGAUCAUUACAUGAAUAAAAUGACUACUAUGAUGCUGGCUGAUUUAACGGAAGCUGACACGCGAUACUUUGAGAAAUGGAUUAUUCUAUUAUUCAUGGAAGCGAACAAUAGUCAGAAGAACGUUUCCGUAUUGGAUUUAUGGUCUCGAAAGGAAGUCGGUGAACUUAAACCUGACGCCAAACAGUUCUCUGCCAGUGGGCUGCGACUGAAAUGCGUGAAAAAUACGGGGAACGACCAAUUAAUUUACACCAUGACUUCUUCCAGAGCCCAGCAAACUGACUUAAAUGUUGGAGAUUUAGUGAUUUUGCGGGAGGACAGUAAUGCCGCCGGCAUGGUGAUAGAUCUCUGUACUAUUCUAACGUUAGGAAACGAGCCGGCGCUCAGUGUGGAUUUACAAGCCGAUCGCUUUUAUCACACUCCGAAGCUGAAUAAUCGUGCAUUCAGAAUUGAUAAAUACGUGUUUUCUGUAAGUUCAAUGGCGGCUUCCUAUGACGGAUUGUCAAGAACAAUGGAAAUGGGAGAAAAAGCCAGUCGGAUACGAAAACUGUUUGUGCAAAAAACGGCGCCAAGAAAGGAUCAAGGGAUUACCAAAAACCAGUUAAUAGAUUGUAAAGAUAUCCUGAAACCCCUUCCAAAAACCCAGCAAGCCGGCGUCGUAAAAGCUAUGAUGACAUCGGAUUAUUCAAUCCUGGAUUCGAGAAACCUCCCCGAUGCUUGCGAUUUUCUUACGGUAUUGUUGCGUUCCUUAAAUCGCUGUGGCUGUUCGGUCCUGUUUGUUUGCUCCAGUAAUCCCACGUUAGAUGCCGUGUUGUCUCGCCUUAAACUGGAUUCUUCUCUAAAUGUUUUGCGACUGGGAUCCGCUUUGCGAAUGGAUAACGGUGUGAAAGAUAUUUCCAGUGAAUUCAUUGCCUCCUCGAAAUCAUAUGAUGACAUGUGCACAUCUUUUAAGUCAGCCAAUAUUGUGGGAACAACAAGUGGGACGCACCGGCAUCCCGUUCUGACUAACCGGGAAUUUGAUAUCUGUGUGAUAAAUGAGUGUUCGCUCAUGCUUCAGCCAUCUCUCUUGGGAUUUUUCUUCUUGGCCCGGAAAUACGUAUUGGUUGGCGAUGGGACGCGAAGCCCCAAUAUGCGAUGCUCAGCGGCAAUUGAAGCCGGAAUCCAAGAAUCGAUCAUGAGCUACUUGGAACAAGUUGCUGUUUCUGCGAAUUCCUUAGUGAUUCUUUAAAUCUUUUCCUGUUAUUACAUCUGUCCUUGUGGUGGUUUGGUGUCUGCAUUAUAAUUUUCAAUGUUCUCUUGGUAAUGCUAGUUUUAAAGUAUUACUGCUGUGCAGUUCUGAAAUUGCUAUGUAUAAUUGUAACUUUUAAAACCAAAUUCUUGCCAGCACACAAAAAUGUUGGGCUUUCAGUCGUCAGUUAUUUUGUGGCCUUUGCGUUGUUGGAAACUUGUUGUUAGAAUUUAGAACCGCAAAGUUUUCGGCGGCACCUGUAAUAAAAAUAGU